AUGUCCACGGAUGAGAUAUACGUCCUCCGUCCCUUCAAACUCAUUGCUCUCUGCUGCAUCUUCAUUGGCUUGGCGCUGGAUGUGGUGGCCCUCCUGAGUCCUGCCUGGGUCACUUCAGACUACUACUCGCUGUCCUUAUGGGAAGUGUGCAAGCAGUCCACAGACAUGUGGCACUGCCUGUCCACCCUCAAGACAGACUGGCAAGUGGCUACACUGGUGUUAAUUCUGACAGCAGCUAUGAUCGCUCUCCUGUCCUUCCUCAUCUCUCUGAUCUCAUUCUGCUUGGAGAUCUAUUGGCAGUACUACAGAGUGGUUGCUGUUCUCCUUUUUGCUGCAGUGGUGCUGCAGAUCUGUGCCUUGAUUCUCUAUCCAAUCAAGUUCAUUGACAGUAGCAUGCUGAGGAGUUACCACGAAUUCAACUGGGGCUAUGGCCUGGGCUGGGGAUCUGCCAUCUUCAUGCUGGGUGCAGCCAUCCUCUACUGCCUACGCACAGACAUUUAUGAGGGUGCCUCCUACUAG